UCCGCCCCCAAACCUACUCAGGAUCUUUGCUUUUAAGAGAGCUCGUGCACAGCACCGGAGUUCGCAGCUACAAUCCUGGUGCAAAAAUGUGUAUUGUCAAAGUAAAGCGGUGAUUAAUAGCCUUGUAUCGUAGGUUUUUAAAUGCAAUGUUUAUUUGGGAUGGAGUGAAAAUACCAAUUGCUAAGAGUUGGUAUUUCCUCUUUGCACCCAAGAACUUGAUUUACUGAACAAAUUAUCAAAAACAUGUCUGACGAAGAGGAGGACGCUUUCUGUUUUGCAGAAGACGAGAGAGUACAGUUUAUUGGAAAUAAGCUAUGCCUAAUUUUAAAACUUAAACCUGAAAGAUGGGAGAAAUAUGUAUCCGUGGAGGACAACCAGAAAGUUCUAACGGGCUUUUUUGAAAAGGAUGUCAAUAAGAUGCUGGUCUUUAGUGUCACAUCAGCAGGAGUUUUAACUGCUUCCGAAGAAGUUCCACCUGAUUUUAAGAACAGAGGUAUGUAUAUACUCAAGAAGCAACCGACCGUCAUUCCCACGGAAAAUUACAAGAAAUAUUUACUUUUUGGGAUAUUGACACCGGCACUUUUGGAACAGUUAUCAAAUACCUUGGAGCAGGUCUUUGUGCCAGUUCUGUCAAACACAAGGAAUCACAGGACUUGGCCUCAGUUGAUAUCUCAAGAUGUCAGUUGGCACACAGAGAAUUUACAGAACAAGGUGCUGGUUGUGAGGGGCCGGUUUUUUGGGAAAACUGUUCUUCCUAUUCCCGCUGUAACUUCCAGGAUUGAAGGGAACCCACAGACCAGCGUCAAUAUGCAAGACAGCUGUGACCGGACAAUGGUUCAUGCUAUUGAGACCAUGGUUAUCAGCUGGACUCAUCAGAUCAGAGAGGUUCUGAAAGAAGAUUCAGCCAGGCUUCUCCUGAAGGGCCUGGACCCCGGGCCUAGUGCUGAACUGGACUUCUGGAAAUCCCGGAAGGAGAAUAUGCAAAGCAUAUAUGAGCAGCUUCAAAGCCCUGUUGUCCAGAAGAUGAGUAAAAUCUUGGAAAUGACUGAGAGCAGCUAUUACCCAACUUUCAAAACAACAAUUCAAGAUGUGUUUGAUGCCUUGCAGGAGGCCCAGGAUGUGGAGCUUCACCUGCGCCCCCUCGGCAGGCUGCUGUCCCGGCUGCAGGAGGAGGAGUUCCCGGGUCUGCAACCUCUUGUUGCACCACUCUUCCACCUGAUCUGCCUUGUCUGGACACACUGCAACUCCUACCGCGUGCCCGCACGCAUCGUGGUUCUCCUGCAGGAACUCUGCAACCUCUUCAUCCAGCAGGCCACUGUGUUCCUGUGCCCUGAGAAGCUGCUGAAGACAGAGACGGAAGAAGCCCUCGAGCAUGUGCAGGUAGCAGUGGUGCUUUUCCAGUGUGUUAAGGAGACCUUCUGGAUGUACCGUGAGAAGCUGCCCAGCUACGUGAACUCUGGAGAGGGGUAUCUGCCCUGGGACUUCCCCUCCUCCAUGGUGUUUGCACGCUUUGACCACUUCCUGACACGCCUCCUGCAAUUGGAGGACCUGUUGACCAUCAUGCUAGAGUUCCACAGGUUGGAGAAACUUGAAUUUGGAGGGAUCAAAGGGAAAGUGUACAGUGAGCAGGUCUCUUCUAUGUAUGAGGAAUUCAUGGAGCUUUGCAAGAUGUUCAAGUGCAGUGAAUACAACCCCUUGGAUUACAACAGCCAGGAAUUUGAGUGUGAAUAUGAGUGUUUUAAAGAAAAGGUCUUGGACUUUGACCGGCGUUUGGCCACUAUUCUGUACCUGGCCUUUCGGGACUGUGCUAGUUUGGAGUCAGCUUUCAAGCUGCUGGCCGUGUGUGGACAUUUCCUGGAAAGACCCGUCAUCAAGGAGAUCUUCAGUCCCAAUUUCCUGAUCUUGCUGCAGCUUUUUGACCAGGAGCUAGGGAGGUGCAAGCACCUGUAUGACUCCCAUAUACAGCAGGUGGAGGGCAGUGUGGGAGUGCUGAGCAAAGAUAUGCCUCUGGUGUCUGGCUCCUUGAAGUGGGCCAGAAUGCUGAAGGAGAGAAUCCAGACCCCAUGGGCAAACCUCAGUGCUGUGGAGGAUGCGACCCUGGAAGGGACACAAAUGGAGUUUGUCUACCAGAAGUACAUGGAGAUGCUGACCCUGCUGGACCAGUAUGAGGAGAAAGUCUACUCUAACUGGUGCAAUGGUCUGGACCAGGUCUGUCAAUUCAACCUGAACCAGGCCCUUAUCAGGAGACAUGGGUCUACUGGCCUUCUUUCUGUCAACUUUAACCCAGAGCUGAUAGCUGUCCUGAGGGACGUGAAGCACAUGCAAAUGCUUGAUCUGAUGAACAUCCCUGGAGCCGCCCUGGCUGUGUUUGAGAAGAAAGACAUCUUUGUUAUGUACGUAGGCAGUCUGCAGCUGCUGGUCCAGUUGUACAACAAGCUUAAACAAUCAGUGCUGGAGGUGGAGUUUCCCCUGAUCAAGGCGGAGCUUGCAGCUGUUGAUGGGCAGCUGCACAUGGCAGAGGUGGAACUUACGUGGCAGGACCAGCGCUGCUGGGAUUACAUCAGCUCCAUGAAGGACACAGUCCAAGACCUGGAGCGUCGGGUCCAGAAGACCAAGGACGACGUGGAGGCAAUCCAGAAUCUGAUGAAGAGGUGGAGCGAUCAGGCCCUGUUCUGCAGGAAGGACAACAAAAAAGACACCCAACUAAUGCUGGACGACAGAGUCGACAGGCUAGCUAAGAGAUACAGUGCCAUCCAGAGAGAUGGACAGCUCAUCCACAAACUCAUAGAGGAGAACCUAUCCCUCUUCCGAGCCGACCCAGCAGCGGACGCAUGGCGAGCGUAUUUGGAGUACGUGGAUGAAAUGGUGGUGGAUGGCCUCUUCAGUGCCAUCGCCCGCUCCCUGGAGUUCUUUGUGGAGAACACGGAGGGAGAAUAUCGGCAGGCUCCUCUCUUCGAGGCCCAGAUGGUGCUGACCGCCCAUGUGAUUAACUUCCGCCCAUCCCUGGACAGGGACGUUGGAGACGGGUUCUAUGACCUGGUGGAGGGGCUGCUGGGAGAUGUGUUCAGAAUGUCUGCACAGGUGAAGAGGGUAGCAGCACAUCUGGGCAUGGAAAACUACCAGCAUGACAUGGAGGACAUGCUGGACCUCGCAGACCUUCGGCAGGAAGUGAUGGAGCGAGUGGACGACGUCAUCAAGAAGGCCCUGCAGUACCGUGGCGUUUAUGACUGCUACUCGCAGCUGUGGCUGGACGACAGGGCGGAAUUCAUGAGGCAGUUCCUCCUGUACGGGCAUGCUCUGACUGCAGAGGAGAUCGACAGCUUUGGGGAGGAAACAUUUCCUGAGACUCCGCCCACCAUCGAGCAGUUCAAAGAGCAGAUUGAUAUUUAUGAAGCCAUGUAUACCCAUGUCACCAAGAUUGAGGACUCUAAGGUCUUUGAGAAUUGGUUCAGAGUCGACAUCAAGUCCUUCAAAAUGAGUCUUUUAAACAUAAUUAAAAAAUGGAGCUGGAUGUUCAAGGAGCACCUCAUAACAUAUGUCACAGACAGUCUGUAUGAGUUGGAGGAGUUUAUUAGGGCGACAGGCGAGGGGCUCACACUGCCUGUGAUGAAGGGGGACCACAGUGGCCUGGUGGAGGUGAUGGGGCUCCUGCUAGCUGUCAGAGACCGUCAGCUGACCACAGACAGGCUGUUUGAGCCUCUGAAGGCCACUAUCACCCUGCUGGAAGGGUACGGCCAGCGGAUGCCUGAGCACGUGUACACACAGCUGGAGGAACUUCCUGAGAAGUGGAAUGGCACCAAGAAGCUGGCCGUGUCAGUUAAGCACGAGGUCGCACCCUUGCAGACUGCUGAAGUGACUGUCAUACGCAGGAAGUGUGUGGCCUUCGAGAUCAAACAGAAUAAAUUCAGAGAGAGGUUCAGAAUGGAAGCCCCCUUCAACUACAGUGCUGUGAAACCAUACUCUCUGCUGCAGAAAGCUCAUAGAGAGAUUAGGACAUUAGAAGAGGAGAUGACCCAGCUGCAGGAGUCCAGCCACCUCUUCGAAGUGAGCGUGCCGGAAUACAGACAGCUCAAAUUCUGCCGCAGGGAGAUCGUCAUCCUCAAACAAGUGUGGGACAUCGUGGUGUACGUGCACUGUAGCAUAGAAGAGUGGACAAAGACUCCGUGGAGAGAGAUCAAUGUUGACCAGAUGGAUGCAGAAUUAAAGAGAUUUGCCAAAGACAUGCGGACGCUGGACAAAGAGGCGCGCGGUUGGGAUGUGUACAGCGGCCUGGACCUCACAGUGAAGAACCUGGUGACCUCGCUGCGGGCAGUGACCGAGCUGCAGAACCGGGCCAUUCGAGACCGACACUGGGCACAGCUGAUCAGCACCGCUGGGGUGGAAUUCACUAUGACACACAGUACCACCCUGGCCAAUCUGCUGGCCCUGCAACUCCACAGAGUUGAGGAAGAGGUUCACAACAUUGUGGACAAGGCAGUCAAGGAGAUGGCCAUAGAGAAGGUUUUAAAUGAAAUCAGUCAGACCUGGACAACAAUGGAAUUCUCAUAUGAGGAGCAUUACCGGACCUCCACUCCACUUCUGAAAUCAGAUGAAGAUUUGAUAGAAACUCUAGAGGAAAAUCAGGUGCAGCUGCAGGCCAUCUUGCAGAGCAAACACGUGGAGUACUUCCGCUGCCAGGUGUCCGAGUGGCAGAGGAGGCUCACGGUGGCCGACACGGUGCUGCUGGUCUGGCUGGAGGUCCAGCGCACCUGGGCCCACCUGGAGAGCAUCUUCAUUGGCUCAGAGGACAUUCGGAGACAGCUGCCAGACCACACCCACAGGUUCCUCUGCAUCGAUGCUGACUUCAAGGACCUGAUGUUUGGCAGUGCUAAAACAAAAAACGUCAUUGAGGCCACCAACAAGCCAAAACUGUUUGAAAGACUUGAGGAUUUGCAGAACAGACUGGCACUGUGUGAAAAGGCACUUGCUGAAUACCUGGAAACAAAGAGACUUGCAUUCCCUCGCUUUUAUUUUGUUUCAUCCGCAGACUUACUCGACAUCCUUUCCAAAGGCAGUCAGCCCAGAGAGGUCACUCGACACCUGGCCAAACUGUUUGACAACAUAACAGACCUGGAGUUUGUGGCAGUGGAGGGCAUGGAGAGUAAUGCUGCUGUGGGAAUGUAUAGCAAGGAAAGGGAGUAUGUUCCAUUCCAGACCCACUGUAACUGCACCGGCCCGGUGGAGGCCUGGCUGAGCUGUCUGGAGGACACCAUGCGGGAGACGGUGCGUAGCCACGUGGCAGAGGCGGUGGCUGUGUACGAGGACCGGCCCAGGGAGCAGUGGGUGCUGGAGAACCCCGCCCAGGUGGCUCUCACCGGCUCCCAGAUCUGGUGGACGACUGACCUGCAGAUCGUGUUCGAGAGGCUGGAGGAAGGCUUUGAGUCGGCCCUCAAAGACUACCACAGGAAACAGAUUGCUCAGCUAAACUCCCUGAUAAACAUGUUGCUAGGGGAGUUGUUGCCAGGCGACCGGCAGAAGAUCAUGACCGUGUGCACCAUAGAUGUCCAUGCCAGAGAUGUUGUGUCAAAGCUCAUUGCUCAGAAGGUGAACAACGCACAGGCCUUCACCUGGCUGUCUCAGCUUCGUCACCGCUGGGAUGAGGCCCGGAGGCACUGCUUCAUCAACAUCUGCGAUGCGCAGUUCCUGUACUCCUACGAGUACCUGGGCAACACACCCCGCCUGGUCAUCACCCCUCUCACAGACAGGUGCUAUAUUACGCUGACGCAGUCUCUGCACCUGACGAUGAGCGGGGCCCCGGCAGGGCCUGCCGGCACCGGGAAGACUGAGACCACCAAGGACCUGGGCAGGGCGCUGGGGGUCAUGGUGUAUGUCUUCAACUGCUCUGAGCAGAUGGACUACAAGUCCAUAGGGAACAUCUAUAAGGGCCUGGCGCAGACUGGGGCCUGGGGCUGCUUUGAUGAGUUUAACCGCAUCUCCGUGGAGGUUCUGUCUGUGGUCGCAGUGCAAGUGAAAACCAUCCAGGAUGCCAUUCGCAAUAAGAAGAAAAGGUUCCUGUUCCUGGAAGAAGAUAUUACCCUGAAGUCCUCUGUGGGAAUCUUCAUCACCAUGAACCCCGGCUACGCGGGCCGGACCGAGCUGCCUGAGAAUCUCAAGGCCCUUUUCAGACCCUGCGCCAUGGUGGUGCCGGACAUCCAGCUCAUCUGUGAGAUCAUGCUGGUGGCCGAGGGCUUUCUGGAGGCCCGGGUCCUUGCCAGGAAGUUCAUCACCCUCUACACACUCUGCAGAGAGCUCCUGUCCAAACAGGAUCACUACGAUUGGGGUUUGCGAGCGGUCAAGUCCGUCCUGGUUGUGGCUGGUACACUGAAGAGAGGAGACAAGACUCGGCCAGAGGACCAGGUACUGAUGCGUGCCCUCAGAGACUUCAACCUGCCCAAGAUAGUGACAGAUGACGUGCCCAUCUUCAUGGGCCUGAUCGGGGACCUGUUCCCAGCGCUCGAGGUGCAGCGGAGGCGAGAUCCCGAGUUUGAGCAGGCAGUGAGGCAGACUACCCUGGAACUUCACCUACAGCCUGAGGAGACCUUCGUCCUGAAAGUGGUUCAGCUGGAGGAGCUGCUUGCUGUCCGCCACUCUGUGUUUGUGGUAGGAAGUGCAGGGACAGGCAAAAGUCAGAUAUUGAGAACACUAAAUAAAACCUACUGUAAGCUGAAGAGGAAGCCUGUUUGGAGCGACUUGAACCCAAAGGCAGUGAGCACGGACGAGCUCUUCGGCUUCAUCCACUCGGUGACCCGUGAAUGGAAAGAUGGUCUUCUGUCUUUGCUGAUGAGAGAGCAGGCAAACAUCUCACACCCUGGACCCAAAUGGAUUGUCCUGGAUGGGGACAUUGACCCCAUGUGGAUCGAGUCACUCAACACUGUGAUGGAUGAUAACAAAGUUCUGACGCUUGCUAGCAAUGAGCGCAUCCCUCUCACCCCUUCCAUGAGGCUGGUAUUCGAGAUCAGCCACCUGAGAACAGCCACGCCUGCCACCGUGUCCCGGGCAGGAAUCCUCUAUGUCAACCCGCAGGACCUAGGCUGGAACCCGUAUGUAGCAAGCUGGAUUGACACCAGGCCCCACCAGCCAGAGAGAGCCAACCUCACUAUCCUGUUUGAUAAGUACAUCCCACCUUGUUUGGAACAGCUGAGGACCUCAUUCAAGACCAUCACCCCCAUCCCAGAAAUCAGCAUGGUGCAGACUCUGUGCUCGCUGCUGGACUGUCUCCUGACCUCAGAGAACAUCCCCCCUGACUCCCCGCGGGACGCAUACGAGACUUACUUUGCGUUCGCCUGCAUCUGGGCCUUUGGCGGGGCACUGCACCAGGAUCAGCUCCACGACUACCAGAUUGAGUUCAGUCAGUGGUGGACAAAAGCAAUGAAAACUGUCAAGUUCCCUGCACAGGGGUCUGUGUUUGAUUACUGCCUGGACCCACUGACCAGGCGCUUCCUUCCCUGGGGCGAUCGAGUGCCCCUGUUUGAGAUGGAGGCCAACACGUCUCUGCAGGCAGUUCUGGUUCACACCUCGGAGACGGUGCGUCUGCGCUACUUCAUGGACUUGCUGCUGGACAGGGGCCAGCCCCUCAUGCUGGUGGGGAACGCUGGAGUGGGGAAGACUGCCCUGGUGGGGGACAAGCUGCUCGACCUGCCAGAGAACUACAUGAUGGCCCGAGUGCCCUUCAACUACUACACCACAUCCACCAUGCUGCAGAAGGUCCUUGAGAAGUCCCUGGAGAAGAAGGCGGGCAGAAACUAUGGCCCCCCUGGAAACCGAAAGCUCAUCUACUUCAUAGAUGACAUGAACAUGCCCGCUGUGGACAGCUAUGGGACGGUCCAGCCUCACACCCUCAUCCGACAGCACCUAGACUACCGGCACUGGUAUGACAGACAGAAGCUGUCACUCAAAGAAAUUCACAACUGUCAGUACGUGGCUUGUAUGAACCCAACUGCUGGGAGCUUCACCGUCAACCCCAGACUGCAGAGACAUUUCUCUGUUUUUGCAGUGAACUUCCCUUCUUCAGAGGCCCUGGACUCCAUCUACAGUAAGAUCCUUGCGUUCCACCUCCAGCAGCAGCCUUUCAGCCCCGGGGUCCUCCGAAUGGCCGACGCUGUGGUCUCAGCCUCCAUCUGGCUCCACCACAGGAUGGUCCACAACUUCUUGCCCACGGCUGUGAAGUUUCACUACAUAUUCAACCUCCGUGACCUCUCCAACAUUUUCCAGGGCCUCCUCUUCUCCACUGUGGAGUGUCCGAGACAGGACACUGACCUGGUGCAGCUCUGGCUGCACGAGACCAGCAGGGUGUACUCAGACAAGCUGGUGGAGCCGAGGGACCACAGGCUCUUCCACAAGCUGCAGAUGGAUGCUGCACGCAAGCACUUUGAGGGGGUGGAGGACCAUAUCCUUUUUCAGCAGCCCCUCAUAUACUGCCACUUCAGCCGGGGUGGGGAGGAGUCCCGCUACAUGCCAGUGACAAAAUGGGAUGCACUCCGGACAAUCCUGGAGGAGGCGCUAGAGAGCUACAACGAGCUGAAUGCAGCCAUGAACCUGGUGCUGUUCGAGGAUGCCAUGCAGCACGUCUGUAGGAUCAGCCGGAUCUUGGAGGCGUCCCAGGGCUACGGCCUGCUGGUGGGGGUGGGAGGCAGUGGCAAGCAGAGCCUGACCCGGCUCGCCGCCCAUCUGUCCUCCCUCCACGUGUUCCAGAUCACCCUGCGCAAGGGCUAUGGGAUCCAGGACCUGAAGGUGGACCUUGCUGGACUUUACAUGAAGACUGGUGUGAAGAACCUGCCUACCGUCCUGCUUCUAACCGAUGCUCAGAUCCCGGACGAGCGCUUCCUGGUGCUCAUCAAUGACUUACUGGCCUCAGGUGAGAUCCCGGACCUGUUUGCUGAGGAGGAGGUGGACAGCAUUGUGGCUGUGGUCCAGGCUGAGAUGCGAGGCCUGGGGCUGUUGCACAGCAGGGAGCACUGCUGGAGGUUCUUCAUCGACCGCGUCCGUCAGCAGCUCAAGGUGGUGCUGUGCUUGUCUCCCGUAGGCAGCGCUCUGCGUGUCAGGGCCCGUCACUUCCCGGCCCUGGUUAACUGCACGGCCAUCGACUGGUUCCACCAGUGGCCCCCUGAGGCCCUGCAGUCUGUCAGCCGUAGGUUCAUACAGGAGAUCGAGGGCAUUGAGCCCCGCGUCCAGGAAUCCAUCAGUCUCUUCAUGGCCCACGUUCACACCAGCGUCAACCGGGCGAGUGAGAAAUACCGCCGCAAUGAGAGGAGGCACAAUUACACCACCCCCAAGAGCUUCCUCCAGCAAAUCACCCUGUACGGGAACCUCCUGGGGAGGCGGCGGACGGAGCUGGGCCGCAAGAUGGAGAGAGUCCUGAGCGGCCUGCAGAAGCUGCAGACCACCGCCUCGCAGGUGGAGGAACUGAAAGUGAAGCUGAGCUCACAGGAAGUGGAGCUGAACCUGAAGAACCGAGACACUGAAGCUCUGCUGACCAAGAUCGGGCUUCAAACAGAGAAAGUCAGUCAGAAGAGACGCAUCGCUGACACUGAGGAGCAGAAGGUUGCAGCCAUCCAGGCAGAGGUGUCAGUGAAGCAGAGGGACUGUGAGACAGACCUGGCCAAGGCGGAGCCUGCUUUAGAGGCGGCCACCUCAGCACUGGACACGCUCAACAAGGUGAACCUGACGGAGCUGAAGACCUUUCCCAAUCCCCCGCUGGCGGUCAGCAACGUGGCGGCUGCUGUCAUGGUGCUGCUGGCCCCAAACGGGCGGGUUCCCAAAGACCGCGGCUGGAGGGCGGCCCGAGCCUUCAUGGGCAAGGUGGAUGACUUCCUGCAAACCCUGGUGACUUACAACAAAGAGCACAUUCCCGAGACGUCCAUGAACGUGCUGAGGGAGCAGUACCUGAGCAAGCCGGAGUUCCACCCGGACUUCGUCCGCACAAAGUCCUUCGCUGCAGCCGGGCUCUGCGCCUGGAUAAUCAACAUCGUCCGAUACUAUGAGGUUUACUGUGAUGUUGCGCCGAAGAGACAGGCUCUGUCUCAGGCUAACACUGAUCUGGAAACAGCCACAGCGAAGCUCCUUACCAUCCGGAAGAAAGUGCACGAUCUGGACGUGAACCUCCGGGGUCUCACGGCACAGUUCGAGAAGGCGGCGGCAGAGAAGGUGCGCUGCCAGGAGGAAGUGACACGCACGAACCGCACCAUCCAGCUGGCCAACCGACUGGUCAAGGGCCUGGAGGCUGAAAAUGAGCGCUGGACGCAGGCUGUUCAGCAGUUUGAGGCCCAGCAGCAGACGCUGUGUGGAGACGUUCUCCUGACGGCUGCGUUCAUCUCCUACGUGGGCUUCUUCAGUCAGAGAUACCGCCAGGAGCUGCUCCAGGACACGUGGAUCCCCUUUCUCCAGUCCCAGGAGGUCCCCGUCCCCCUGACAGAAGGCUUGGACCCCGUUCUCAUGCUCACGGACGACGCCACACUGGCUGCCUGGCACAACGAGGGGUUGCCAAGCGACAGGAUGUCCACAGAGAACGCCACCAUCCUGGCCAACUGUGAGCGCUGGCCGCUGCUAAUCGACCCCCAGCAGCAGGGAAUCAAAUGGAUCCGGAACCGCUUUGGACCCGACCUGAAGGUGGUCCAGCUGGGCCACAAAGGAUACUUGGACACCAUCGAGCAAGCCUUAGCCGCUGGGGAGACGGUUCUGAUCGAGAACUUGGGAGAGACGAUGGACCCGGUUCUGGACCCACUGUUGGGCAGAAACACCAUCAAGAGAGGGAGGUACAUCCAGAUUGGUGAUAAGGAGUGUGAGUACCACAGUGGCUUCCAGCUCCUGCUCCACACCAAGCUGGCCAACCCGCACUUUCCCCCAGAGCUGCAGGCCCAGACCACCCUCAUCAACUUCAGCGUCACCCGGGGGGGCCUGGAGGAGCAGCUGCUGGGGGAGGUGGUGACCCGGGAGAGGCCCGACCUGGAGGCCCUCAAGUCAGAACUCACCACGCAGCAGAACCACUUCAAGAUCGAGCUGAAGAUCCUGGAGGACGAGCUGCUGACGCGGCUGUCGGCCGCGGAGGGCAGUUUCCUGGGAGACACCGCCCUGGUGGAGAAACUGGAGCACACCAAACACACGGCCGCCAGCAUCCACAGCAAGGUGGACGAAGCCAAGGAGAACGAGACGAAGAUCAACGAGGCGCGGGAGCUCUACCGCCCCGCCGCCCAGCGAGCGUCCCUGCUCUACUUCAUCAUCUGCGACCUCCGCAACAUCAACCCCAUGUACCAGUUCUCCCUCAAGGCCUUCAACACCAUGUUCCACAAAGCCAUCGAGCGAGCGGACAGGGCGGAGGAGGUGACGGAGCGGGUCCUCCAUCUCACCGAGGCCGUCACCUACUCGGUAUUCCUGCACACCAGCCAGGGCCUCUUCGAGAGGGACAGGCUCACCUUCCUGUCACAGGCCGCCUUCCAGAUUCUCUUGAUGAGAGGGUCAAUUGAUGCUCAAGAGCUGGACUUCCUCUUGCGCUUUCCUGUGGAGCCCAGCAGGGGGAGUCCUGUCAGUUUCCUGUCUCCACAGGCCUGGGGUGCCAUCAAGACGAUAUCCACGCUAGAGGAGUUUCGGGGUCUGGACAGGGACAUGGAGGGGUCAGCCAAGCGCUGGAGGAAGCUGGUGGAGUCAGAGUGUCCAGAAAAGGAGAGAUUCCCUCAGGACUGGAAGAACAAGAGCUCCCUGCAGAAACUCAUCAUGCUCCGAGCCCUGCGGCCAGACAGGAUGACGUACGCGCUCAGGAACUAUGUGGAGGAGAACCUGGGGCCCAGGUACGUGGAGGGGACGAGGAUUCCCUUGGAGAAGUCCUUUGAGGAGAGCGGGCCAGCCACGCCCAUCUUCUUCAUCCUGUCUCCUGGAGUCAACCCUCUCAAAGACGUGGAGAGCCUUGGGCGGAAGCUGGGCUUCACCAUUGACCUGGGGAAGCUGCACAACCUGUCUCUGGGUCAGGGCCAGGAGGGCGUGGCCGAGCGCGUGCUGGAGAGGGCGUCCCAGGAAGGACACUGGGUCAUUCUUCAGAACGUGCACCUGGUAGCACGGUGGCUGGGUGCCCUUGAGAAGCUGCUGGAGAGGACGGCCGGCGACAGUCACCCGGGCUACAGGGUGUUCAUCAGUGCAGAGCCCGCGCGGUCGCCAGAGGAGCACCUCAUUCCCCAGGGCAUUCUGGAAAGCGCCAUCAAAAUCACCAACGAGCCCCCCUCGGGCAUGCACGCCAACCUGCACGCUGCCCUCGGCAACUUUAACCAGGACACUCUGGAGAUGUGUUCUCGAGAGCUGGAGUUUAAGGGCCUCCUCUUCUCGCUCUGCUACUUCCACGCCUGUGUCGCUGAACGACGUAAAUUUGGGCCGCAAGGCUGGAACCGAAGCUACCCCUUCAACACAGGCGACCUCACCAUCUCCGUCAAUGUGCUGUACAACUACCUGGAGGCAAACACCAAGGUGCCCUGGGAAGACCUGUGCUACCUGAUUGGAGAGAUCAUGUAUGGGGGACACAUCACUGAUGACUGGGACAGAAGACUCUGCUGCACCUACCUACACGAAUUCAUGCAACCCAGCAUGUUUGAAGGGGAGCUGUUUCUCUCUCCAGGAUUUCUGGCCCCCCCAAACCUGGAUUACAGUGGCUACCGCAGUUAUGUGGACAUGCAUCUCCCCCCAGAAAACCCCACACUGUACGGCCUGCACCCCAACGCUGAGAUCGAGUUUCUAACUGUCACGUCCGACGCCCUCUUCAGGACACUGCUGGAACUGCAGCUCCAGGAUACGUUUACUGGGGAGGGGGCAGUGCAGAGCACUGAGGAGAAGGUUAAAAGUGUUUUGGAUGACAUCUUGGAAAAGCUCCCAGAGGAGUUUAACUUGGCAGAAAUAAUGGCAAAGACGUCUGAACGCAGCCCCUACAUCCUGGUGUGCUUCCAAGAGUGCGAGCGGAUGAACGUGCUGAUCGAGGAAAUGAGGAGGUCGCUGAAGGAGCUGGAUCUGGGACUGAAGGGAGAGCUGACCAUCUCUGCAAAAAUGGAAGCCUUGCAGGCAGCCUUAUUCUAUGACGGUGUCCCCGAGCUGUGGACCAGGCUGGCUUACCCAUCCACCAAUACACUUGCACAGUGGUUCAGUGACCUCUUAGCUCGGUGUCGGGAGCUGGACACCUGGACGCAGGACCUGGUUCUUCCAGCUGUGGUCUGGCUAUCUGGCCUCUUCAACCCCCAGUCCUUCCUUACAGCUAUAAUGCAAAGCAUCGCCCGUAAGAAUGAGUGGGCUUUGGACAAGAUGUGCCUGACCGUGGACGUGACGAAGAAGACGAAAGAAGACUAUGGCCACGCCCCGCGGGAGGGCGCAUACAUCCAUGGACUUCACAUGGAAGGCGCACGCUGGGACACGCAGACUGGGAUGAUCACAGACGCCCUCCUGAAGGAGCUGACGCCUCCCAUGCCCGUUGUGUACCUGCGAGCCAUGCCCAGCGACCGGCAGGAGCUGAAGAGCAUCUACGAGUGCCCCGUCUACAAGACCAAGGUGCGCGGGCCCACCUACGUCUGGACCUUCCCCCUCAAAACCAGGGACCCGCCCGCCAAGUGGGUCCUGGCGGGAGUGGCCCUGCUGCUGUCUGUGUGAGGGGCCAGCGGGGACCCUGGAGCCAGGCCUGCACCCAGUCAGAGCUCCACCUCCCCACCUGUGUGUGAGGGGCCAGCGGGGACCCUGGAGCCAGACCUACACCCAAUCAGAGCUCUACCCCCUCACCUCUGGUCAUAUUAUGCAUCCUAUGUGUGAGGUGACAAUGUGUAUAAAACAAAACAAAUGUAAUUCAAAUACUUUAUUCUAAUAAUGCAACUUAAAGGGGUGGAUAUUCUAAUCUGCUAUUAUGUUUACAGUUUAUUGAAAGGUUGGUUGGCUUUCAACAGAAUUCAAUGUAAAGACUAUUAUGUAUAAUCUGAUAAUCCAUAAUCAUCUCCAUUACCUACAUACCUUUAAAUAAUGAAUGAUUACCUGUGGUUUCUGGUCCCUAAGUUUCAAAAA